GUCUUAAACAUGGACGAGAAUCAGUUUUUAGAAGGAAUGGGUGUUUUCUUUGUUUCUUUUGUAAGUCAGUAUGGCUACGACCGGGUACUGUCUAUCUUAGGACGUCACAUGCGAGACUUCCUAAACGGUUUGGACAAUCUUCACGAAUACCUGAAGUUUAGUUACUCCCGAAUGAAGGCGCCAUCUUUCUUCUGCGAGAACGAAUCAGCUAAAGGUUUGACCUUACAUUAUCGCAGCAAUCGUCGUGGUUUCUUGUGGUACACAAUUGGUCAGAUAAAGGAAGUGGGUCGUCAUUUCUACAAAACGGACAUCCGCAUUGACGUCAUCAAGGAGGAAACCGUUAAGAAUACUCACCAUGUUACCAUGAGACUCGCUUUCGACAACUCUGCUUUCAAACUAGAAGAAAAACACGAAACUGCUAACGUUGAUAAAGCGAUGAUGCCGAUUAAAGCUGGCUUGUUUCUCGACAUAUUUCCUUUUUGCGUCGUUUUUGAUGAGACAUUUGUGAUUAAAAGUAUAGGAAGUAGUCUUCAGAACGUAUUGUCGAAAGUUGUUGGAAGAAAACUCUUGGACAUCUUUGACAUCAGCAGACCAAUUAUUACUGACUUGACCUGGAAGACGGUUUCUCUCUCUGUUUGUUCCCCCAGAAUGCGAAACUUGGAGGGCAUGAUGCAAACAGGACUUUACAUCAAUGACCUCAGCAUGCAUGACUUUAGCAGAGACAUGGUACUUGCUGGUCAACAACAGUCUGCUGAGCUCAAGUUGGCGUUGGAUCAG